ACCUAAAGGGUACGGUCUACCAAAACUUUAGAGAAGACAGAAAUGUUUUGACAUUGCUUGUCAGAAUAAGGGUAGCAACAGAGGUUAAAACCCAAAAAGUUAUUGAAAUGAGGAGUAUAUUUUAAAAGCAAAUCGUUUUCAAAUAACGUUUUUUAGGGCAUUUUUCCCCUCCGAUGCCUAAAGCCCCACAAUCCUCAGCAGCUUUUCAAAAUCAAAUCAAAUCUCUUUGUGUCAUGUCAUCAGUUGAUGGGUGUGAGAAAGAGAAAAGAGGACGUUGCCAGCAACGAAGACACAAGAAACGCUCUCAACAUUCAGCUGCGCAAUACAGAGUCACCACCACUCAGUCUGCCAUGCCGCGGUCGUUCCUCGUCAGGAGUAAAAGGACUCAUCUACCUGGCCCAUCUAAGGACUCCUACAGACAACACUCCCAGCCCCAAACAGACGCCCACCAACCUGUGCAGCAUGCGCUGGGACAGAGCAGGAGGUCUCCUGAAAAUGCUGUGCAGCCUUUGUCCCCCACGUUAGGGGUCAAAGACCUUCUGUCUAAAGCCUGCUCACCAUGGGACGGGAUGGCAGUCCGGUCUCACAGCGCCCCCACGGAUGAUCCUUGGCCUUCAGCCCCUGUGGAGAACAGAGACGCUCCUCUGCCGGUUUCGCCUUGGACGGUGGACAGACACCAGACAUCUGACAGAGAGAGACAACUAGAGGGACUGGUCUUCAUGUUACUCAACCACACGUCGCACACUGACCUCAAAUCCCCUGUCAGCGAGUGUCCACUCUGUGAAAAGUCUCUUUCAGAAGUCUUAAUAUCAGGAGGUGGCCUGCAUCUUCACAACACCCUCUCUGUCCCAUUGACAAGAUCACCCACUGCCACCGACAUGCCCCAUAUGCCCUUUGGCUUCAGAGCGAUAAGCAGCUAUGGUAGAACCAAGGAGCGUAGCUUUGGCUGCAAGGUGUGUGGAAAGGUGUUCAAGCGCUCGUCCACCCUGUCCACGCACCUCCUCAUCCACUCCGACACGCGGCCCUACCCCUGCCAGUACUGCGGCAAGAGGUUCCACCAGAAGUCAGACAUGAAGAAGCACACCUUCAUACACACAGGCGAGAAACCACACGUGUGCAAGGUGUGCGGUAAAGGAUUCAGCCAAAGCUCCAACCUCAUCACCCACAGCCGAAAGCACAGCAGCUACCGGCCGUUCAGCUGCCCCCGCUGUCAGCACAGCUUCCAGCGCAGGGUCGACCUGCAGCGCCACCGAGAGACACAGUGUGGCUAUGGAGACAUGUACACUCCAAACUGACUGGAUCAAAUGGCAUUUGUAAAUAAUUUUCAAUCAUUCAUAUUUGUAAAAGUCAGAAGAAUCGUUAUGCCUUGCAUGAGUAGAAAUGGAAUGAGAAUAUCAAUAAAACUUGAUUGAUUAAGAA